CGUGCCGUUAGACGUAACGUUAGAUUGGUUGUGUCGCGUGUAAGCCCUUUUACCAGCAGGGGCAGGGGGCAGGGGGUGGACGAGAAAGGAAAAAGAGGUUAGGAGCGGUAGGUUGAAACGAUUAGAGAAUUGUCAGACGACAAAAUAGGGAAACUCCGGGUGGACUUUAUGUGUUCGGCCAGGUGACAGGAAAGGUAAAUCCGCGCGUGCGAGAAGAGAUCGAGAUUGAAAGGGAGUGGAAGAGGAUAGGACAAGGAUUAAGAAGAAGAAGAAGAAGAAGAAGAAGGUGCACCGUGUCACACAACCAAUAGAAAAUAUUAGAAAUAUCUUUUGUUCAAACUGUGAUAAUAAUUAUCGCAGUAAGAAAAAAGAUAAAUAGAAGGAGGACACGUGAGACAGAAGAUUAAUAAGAAAGGAAGAAAAAACGGAAGUUAAUAGACAGACUGAUCAAAUCAGAUUUAUAUCAAGAUGACGAAUAUCGUGGCAGAUUUGAUUCAUGGUUACAGGGAUCUCAUGGAUAACAAAUCCGAUCCUAGGGUAAAUGAUUGGAUUAUGAUGAGCAGCCCUUUUCCCACAAUGGCCAUAUGUCUGUCUUACGCAUACUUUAGUAAAGUAAUAGGACCAAAAUUGAUGGAAAAUAGAAAACCAUUCGAUCUUCGACGUAUACUUAUUGUUUACAAUCUCGUACAGACCCUCUUUUCUACGUGGAUCUUCUAUGAGUAUUUGAUGAGUGGUUGGGCGAGAGGGUACAGCUUUCGUUGUCAACCAGUCGAUUACUCAACCAAUCCUUUAGCACUCAGGAUGGCGAAUACAUGUUGGUGGUAUUACUUCAGUAAAUUCACCGAAUUCUUCGAUACGUUAUUCUUUAUCCUGAGAAAAAAGAAUCAGCACGUGUCCACCCUUCACGUGAUACACCACGGUGUUAUGCCAUUUUCCGUCUGGAUGGGAAUGAAGUUUGCGCCGGGUGGUCAUAGUACAUUUUUCGCUCUAUUGAACACAUUCGUCCACAUAAUCAUGUAUUUCUAUUACAUGGUUGCAGCAAUGGGACCGCGUUAUCAAAAAUAUAUAUGGUGGAAGAAAUAUUUAACAACGUUACAAAUGGUGCAGUUUGUAUUGAUCAUGAUGCACCAGUUCCAAUUACUCUUCACGGAUUGCGACUAUCCACGAAGUUUCAUGAUUUGGAUAGGUCUACAUGGAUUUUUAUUCUUCGGUCUUUUCUCAGACUUUUAUAAAAUGAAAUAUACCAUUGGAAAAACAAAUGCUAGGAGUAGUAGUAAUAAUCGUCGCAUGACAACAACAAAAACAACAGCAACAGCAAAUGGAACAAGUAACAACAACAACAAUGGUGGUGGUGCUUGUAUGCCAAUAUUAGAAGAUUAUCAUCAUAAUCAUACAACUAAAUCGAAACAAAAUGGUAUAUCAACGUAUGCAACUAUUUAUAACAAAGAGUACAACAGUUGUUACAGCAAUGGUACAAACAACGGUUACGUGGCUAACAACAACACUGAGAAAAAGCUCGCUUAGGGUCGUGCCACCAUCUCGAAGAUGAUGAUGAAUAAUAAUAAUGAUAAAUUAAUUAUUUCUUCGAGACAUGUAAGAUCAUCAACAUCCGCUCGCCUCAUAGAAUUAUUUUACAUUCCGUUAAAUGCGAAUAUUAAUAAUAAUAAUAAUAAUUAUAAUUAUAAUAAUAAUAAUAAUAAUAAUAAUAAUCAUUCGCAUUGACGCCAAUUAUACAAAACAAAAAUAUGACGAUGAAAUGUGACAGUCGCUGCCAAACAAUCGCACAUAGUGUCCACCAAAGACAACAUAGACAAAAAAAUAUUUAAAAAAAGAAAAAGAAAGCGAGAGAGAUAGAAAAAUAUAACUAUGAAUGAAUUAGACAAUUUUUCACGAAAGAUGAGAGAGA